CCGCUUCUGAGGUUGUCAUCCUUCUGAUAGCAAUCCGUUGACCUUCAAGACGCGUUCAAGGUCUCUAUAUAACAUAUCGAAAGCGAUCGCAACCUGAGCUUAAAAGCGGAAAGGAGUUCAAGAGAGAAAGUGAUACCUGAAGUGCCUCGCGGAAAAGUAUGGCAGGGAAGAUUACUUUAGGAUUAUUAUUACUCGUGGUGUGUUGGACUUUGACAUUGGCUAUCGUAAAUAAUAAUGGGAGUGAAUAUGCGGAAGAAGAAGAAUCUUUCGAGGAUGUGGAAAAGAAGUUCAAAAAUGCCGCUAGCUCAGCCGUCAAGAAGAUUUUACCUUAUUUACUGAGAGGUAGUUCUGAUGCUAAGGUAUCCGGACAAUGCACGGCAAGCAUCAUGAAAAUUAUAGGUGGUGUACGCAGUCUUCGUGAGUGGGCAGUAAGAUUUAUCGAUGCCUCUGGAAAAAUACCUCCAGGUAUCUUGGAAGGAACUUCUCUCUCUAUUGGUGACUAUGAUGAGUGUUUGGAUAUAGAAGUAGGAAGAAGGGAUGAUCGUCCACUUAGGCCAGAAGAUGUUGCUUUCAGAGGACAAUACUGUUUACUGGAAAGUCACAGGCCGGAAGGAAUUCAGAAAGCUAUCGAUGAUUUUCAGCAUGGUAAUAAAGAAUCACCUAUUGCUAAAACUAAAACUUUUCUGAAUAUGUUUGUCAGGUACAAACAUCUUACAAAUUCUACAUUUAAGCUGGGUGUUUGUGUCCCUUCAAAAUGCUCAGUCGAAGAUUUGGAAAGCAUUCUAGGAACAGAAGCAAUGCAAUUUGCAGGAAAAAUUACAGUAUCGUAUUGCAAACAAAAAGGUCAAGAAGAAACAUCAACAGAACAAAUUGUUUUACUAUGCCUUUUGGGUCUUGUUCUUGCAGUUAUGAUAAUUGGAACAGUGGUUGACAUUGUGAUGCGGCUGAGGCAUGAUGACAGCCAAUCAAAAGCUGCUCCAUGUCAUAACAAUUACUAUGUUCAGAUGAUAAGAAGUGCUUCACUCUACACUAAUUCCUUGGAAGUCCUGAGCACUAAGAAAGUUCAUGAACCUAUAAAAUGCCUGUGCGGAAUUCGAACUAUUACUGUAAUGCUCACUAUCUACAGCCACACCUAUGGACACCUCCAUUUACUGCAUUUCCAGAAAUUCAGCAAAGCUGCUAAUUUCCUGAAAUUCUUCGACAGUUUCACUUUCUCAGGAAUAGCGAAUGGUUCUGUAGGCAUGGACACCGUAGCUUUUGUAGCGGGAAUUACGAUAACUUACACUCGUUGGAGAUACCUGACAGAGAAAAGUAAAGUGAAUUUGAACAUCUGCAAGUUACUUUUGCAUCGUUACUGCAGAAUGUCUGCAGCGCAGCUUCUUACAAUAUGUGUUUUCCUCACGUUUCCUGUCUUUGGAUCUGGACCGUUUUGGGAAGCUUACAUGAAUCCGAUGUUGAAAAAUUGUAGAGAAAGAUGGUGGCUAAAUAUACUGUACAUAAAUAACUUUUUCCAGUCAGUAGAUGUCUGCCUAUACCACACAUGGAUAUUGGCUGUUAUCAUGCAACAAACUCUUCUCUCUGUUGUAAUAAUAUGGAUACUUAAAAAAUCAGCCAGAUAUGGAAUCUUCUGUAUGCUUGCAAUCAUCUUGGCUGGUAUAAUUGGUGUCGCUGUUAUUACAGUCAUUAAUGAAUUGCCAGGAAGUAUGGCGUUCUUUAUGUUGGAUUUCAGAACUGCACCCAUUACAUGGAGGGAUGUUUAUACGUUACCAUACGACCAUAUGGGUCCAUUCUGCAUAGGCCUUUUAGCUGGAUAUUUUCUUGCUUUGAAGAAAGAUCAACUCGAAAUCAGUCGGACAACAACUGUAAUUUUGUGGUGUUCUUCUAUUGCUUGUAAUUCUGCUGUGAUGUUUGGUCUGUACAGUUACAGGCACGGUGAUAAAAUGGAUCUUUCUCUGUCAGCUUUCUAUGCAGUCAUGCAUAGAAAUGUAUGGGCAUUAGGCAUCGGAUGGCUUAUUUUUGCAUGCGCAACAAAGCAUGGAGGAGUUGUGACUCGGGUGCUUGAGUCAAGAAUCUUCCUUCCUCUAGAUCGGUUAUGUUACAUGGCAUUUCUGUUGCACAUUCCUAUCAUGUUUUACCACAGUGGUAUUCUUCGAGAACGUUGGUUUAUGGGACACACAGAACUUCUGUUCAUGGCUAUUGGAUACAUAGUGAUCUCCUUUUUCGUGUCCUUCCUGUUGCACAUCAUAUUUGUGCAGCCAUAUUAUGCCAUAGAAGAGAAGAUUUGGUCGUGUUUCCAGCCAAGUGAUAAGGUGACUUUCGAAUCAAACACUAAUUUGAGAACCGUUGGAACAAUACAAGUCAUCGGCUCCUCGACAGAUACACCUACUGCGAAAAAUGAAUGUAUAAAUCUAGCAUAUUCCAAAACAUUGGAUGGUCUCUAGGAAACAUUUUCAAGUAGAAUAAUUGAAUAAUCUUUUAGAACAGCCUUCAACUAGAAGUGUUGCAUAUUCAUCAGUUUGGGUGAAUAUGAGCCAAAUGCUGAAUCAGCAUCUUUGAACUAGAUCAUUUAGUUUUCCAACCAUUCGGAUAAAUGUCGUUCAUGCAGCCAUUUCCAAGUAAAUCUGUUAAAUAUCCAAGAUCUAGGACUUACUUUGGGCUAAAGGUAUUGCGCUUUCACCAUGUGUUUUGGGUGAAUAUCAGCCAAACGCUGAUUGAAUAUCUUGAGACUAGAUCAUUUAUAUAAGGACAGUUCUGAUAAAUAUUAUUCAUUUAUAAAAUUAGAUGAAACAAAACAACUUUAGAUAAACGUAGACUUGGUAUAAAAUUCUAUCAACUUGAGAACGACUAACGUAAACCUCUCUUUUUCAAAAAAUUCUUAAAAAAUUCUUUUAAACAGAAUUUUGCUCUUCGAAUCCGAAAUAUCUUUUUCCUUGAAACAGUCUUCAAAAAGAGGCCUCUAAGUCAGUUGCUCUCAAAGUCAAUAGAGUUGUAUAUAAAAUUUUACGCCAAUCUAAUGAUUUUUAAGCAAUUUUGUGUUUUAUAUUGAUUUGUGAAUCUUACAUGGCUCACUGAAUAUUCUUGUUGUUUUUUAGUGUCGUAAUGACAUCAUUUUCUGUGACUGUUGAGAUUGUAUCUUCAUAUGCUCCAGUGCUAAGUCAAAAUUUUCUUGUUCGAACCGAGAUACGAGAAUUAUAGUUUUUUAAACAGGUUUACUUUUAAUUAAUAUUGAAAGUGGACUUUUUAAUAAACGGUAUCCAAUUUUUUCCCCAGAUAGGAGAAAAAGUAUAAUUCGCUUUGAUUGUAAAUUUUAGAAGACACAUAAUGCGUUGAACUAUAAAACAUAAGUAUGUAAAAGGAUAAGCAGCAAUGCCAAAAAUAAUUAAGCAGAUCGUAAUGAACAUAAAUUGUAGAUAUUAUAUAUCUGUUACAACAACUUAAUUUACUUUCAAAAUAGGAAAACUCAUUUUCAUCGUUAUAAUUAUUUAUUAUUUAUUAAAAUGUGUAAUUUGAGGCAAUUUCUUCACAAUUAUUCAAUCUUUUAUUACAAAGUUCGAAUAAUCUUAAAAUUCUCACACACAUAUGCAUAACUAAAAACUGUCAAAUGUUGGGCUCCUAAACUUAUUUUCGGCUAUUAUUUAAGAGUUUGCUGCGCAACAAGUGAAAAAUUGCACAUUUUAUUAUCAAAAUUUACAUGUUUAUUAACUAAAACUCGGACCAGUCUUAACAUUUUAAUUGAACUAUUUAAUUGAAUUGCGUGAUAAGAUACAGAAGCUUGAAUUGUUAAGUCAUUAUGUAAACCACACUUAUCAAGGAUCACAAUAGCUUAUCGUUUCAUAGUGGGAAAUAAACUUCAUGGUUUACAAAAUUUAAAAGUAAAAUUUCUAUAUUUAGAAUAAAUAAAGUAAUAAUCACAGUAUAAUUAUUAUUAACACUGUUAAAGACAGAAUAUGUGGAAGCUUACUGUAUUACUGCAAAUUUAGACUGUGAUAUUUAUGAAGUGCUCAAUUAGUAUUUUGAGGUAGUUUACUCUUAUUUACAAUGUAUUCAGACUUACUUAUUUCGAAAGAAAAUUUUAUGUCGGAGAGCAAAUGUUAAGGUUUCGUGCCUUAUGUAAAACGCACAUAGUUUAAGUUUGUGUGCUAUUAAAGAAAUUUGUGGCAUAUGCACUUGAGGAAUAUCUGUUAGGACAUAGAUCCGGACAUUUGAAUGUCUCAAACUGAUAUUUGAUACACGGAUACGAAUUAUUUUGGAUAACAAUUAGGAAAAGAAAUUAACUUAUUUUUAACUUAUUUUUGUACAGUAAAUGAAAAAAGUAUAUGUUUAUUGAUUUAAGUUAAUGGUGAUCUUAAAGAGUAGCAAAAUGAACUCAAAGAGCAUUUAAAACAAAACUAUAUAUAAUUGUUCAAGAAAUUUAAUUAUAAUAAAGCAAUCAAAAAAUCUACAUAAUUACAUAAUAGACAGUGCACGCCCAGCUACCUUUCUCAUUGUAUUAUUACCUCUAUAAUGUUUUAGAAAACCUGAAUCAACAGUGUAAUUCUUUAAUUGCUUACUGGAGCUAAUUCUGAGUUUACAAAUCAGUAUUGCAACAAGAAGUUUUCAAAUGUAUCUGUAAAUAAGUAUUAUAUUAUUUUUAUACGCCAUAUGUACAAAAUGCUCAUUUACUUUUUGAGAUUUUUUAAAUGUUAUGUAUUUUUAGCGUAGACUCUGAUAUGUCAUCUAGUUAUAAAUAUGUGUUUCAGUUACUGAAGAGAAAUGAACGUGUAUGUUCUUCUAGUACAUUUGUGUGUGCAGUACAAUAUUGUUUUCGUUUUUAUAAUCGUAUUCUGAUUUUAUUUCUCGUUCUCUCUUUCAUAACAAUAAUAAUGCUUUACAGUAUAAUGAAUUUGUAUUUAAUUUGAAAUUAGAAUAGAGAAUUAUCUAUGCGUUCACAACAUACGGAUACAAUACUCAAAGCAAUUUACAUCACAGCAUAUUUAACAGACAGUUUUAUUAACUAAAUAUUUUGAAAUUAAUAACUUCAAACUGAAAAGCAAUUCGGUAAACAAUUAAAUAAAACUGACGUAUGUACCUUUAUUGAUCUCAUAUUUUCUUCCAUAACUAAAUCUGAAUAUUAUUAAUUUUUCAUGAAGAAAGUUAUACUGAAACUGUAAUAAAAAGAAACAUACUAUAGUUUUUAAGCUUUAAACAUGGAUUUAGACAGAAGUUUAUCUUCAUUAUGAGCGAAUGCUCUAUUCAAAUCAAAAGAAUACUACAAAUAUAACAUUUAAAGAGCAAUUUUCCUUUAAACUGUGAACAUACAUUAACGGACGUUUUUAAUUUGCAUGCAUACCUAGAGAAUGACUAUAGAGUCAAAGAAAUAACCUCUGCAAAAACUUAAGAGUUGAACUAGGAGUUGGAAAACUGAAGGAAUAUUCUAAAUUCACUAAAUUCUAUAAAUUAAGCAAUAAAAUUUAAGCUUUUCAAUAUUAUAUUGUUGCAAAUUAUUUUAUAACUAGACAGUAACUUUACACAGAUUUCGAAUUCUCUUCAUAUUGGAUAAAAAAUCUAUGUAAUAUUAAAUCAUCAUUUAUUUUUCAAACAAUAUAAAGAAAUUGCACAUGAAAGAAGGAGUACUUCAAGAAUUUAUUCAAGAAUAUCACAUAGCAUUAUGCAUUUCAAGAAAAUCUCAUAUAGGUAUGCAGCCAAGAAAAUAAAAAAAAAAGUCUGGGCCGUUUAUAAUUCAUGGGAAUUCUUUCAUCAGUUAGCAGUAUUUGCCUAAUGACGUGCUGGUCAAUUGCCAGACAUUUGAUAAAUAAAUAAAAUCAGUUAGGAAUAUUCAGUGCAAUUCAUUUCAAGUUUAAUAAUUUUCGCAAAUGUAUUAACUAAAACCAUGAAAAUGUGCGAAGAAAAUAAAGUAAUUAAAAUAAAUAUAUGUAAUAUGUAACAGAAGUUUGAAUAUAGAUGUCUUUCAACGCAACAAUUUAGAAGAAAAUAAUAAUGCUGUUUCGUAUAUGGCAACGAAACAGUUCUGUAUCACCGAUGUUCUACUCCUAAGAACUGUCGAACAAGUGAGUUGCUUUUAUUAUUAUAUGGUUACUCUGUGCUCUUAUACCAAGAAAAUUCGGAUUUAACUAUUUUUAAUGCGAUACCUGGAACAGUACCGAAAUCAAUAAUACAUAUGUGGCACUUUGUUUUAAAUAAUUCUAUUGCACAUUUAUAAGACAGUUAGUGCAGCAGAUGAGCGACGAAACGGGAUACAGAAAAAAGAUAAAUCUAUAUGUACUUCACCGGGCAGAAAACCCGGAUGUAAUGAAAAAUAGAAUUGGGUACACCAAAGUAAAGUACAAAAUAAACCCUGCCAAUUAGCUGAAAAGGAUGCAAUUAAUAUUGGAGAGAGAAGAUUAAAUUUAAGUUCCUUUUCUAAAAACGGGGGGGGAAGAAAGAAACAAAUUUUUAACUUCAAGAAGCAGGAAAAUAGAUAUUACAUGACCGUUUCUUACCAAAGAACAAAUGUGAAUUUAAAGUGAAUUAAAUAUUAGUUAGGGUCAAAAAAAUAGUUGACUCAAUUUCAAAUAAUCUCUGUUCUUAAAUCAACGAAUACAAAUUAAUGGAUGAUACAUAACAUGAAAGAAAAACUGUCGAAAAUUUACUUACAAAGUGUUUUAAUGUUAUUUCCUUUAGUUUCAGUAACAGUGCCAAGAUGAUGAUUAAAUUUGUCUCUCUUGGUUCAACAUAUGUAAGUUGUUAACAUCUCUCUUGGUUCAACAUAUGUUUGUCUCUCUUGGUUCAACAUAAGUUACAACAUAUGUUGUAACUGUCUCCAUGGCAGUAGCAAUUCUAUUUUCAAGAUUAGCUCUCCUUAUAGGUUAAGGUUGCUAGAACAUAUCUAAGGGAUAAUAGCAAAGGAAAAAAGCGUCUCCGCAUCAGUAAUCACCCGGGCUUCUAAGACUUGGUGGAUGCUAUGGACGUAUCCGUAUGACCUUAAUUACACGGUAACAUCCAUAACAUAACCCUCAAUGAAGUCAAAAAAAGGCAUGGCGUUACAUCCGGUAACCUAGGAGGCUAACUCUAGAACAUUAAGCUGUUUCAAUUCAAGCAGGCCAAAGAAGCACUCUAUUAAGAAAAUACUACCUUUCUUAAUAUUUUGAUGACAUUCUAAAAGUUAAGUUUUCGUUUACAUUUAAAGCAUAAGUAAUCAAUUCAGAAUUAAGGCAUGAUAUUAGGUCAUCUAAAAUUAAGUAAACCAUUUUGACCAAUUCCGUUUAUGUCUUGAGAAAAAGAAUGGAUUUUUGUGACAAUUUUUAGCAGAUUUUUCUUGCGUUAACCGUGAAACUUUGAAUCGCAAUAAUUAAUAUAAGUCAAUUUCAAGUAAAAGCAACUUAAGAUAUCAUUAGUUUAUAGUAUAUAUAGUUGUAUACAAUAUAAUAAUGAUCACACUUAAGUGAAAAUAUUUAAACUGAAAACGAACAGUUAAUAUUUUAUAACAAUGGAAUCAUUUAUCAAAAUAUUUUCUUAAUGAGCAUGCAGACAGAAAUUUCUUAAGGAGCAUGUAAGUAGGCAUUUAAAUAAACAGCAUAUAAAUUUGGAAUAAAUGCUUUAUAUGGACGUUUUAAUAUUUUUUGAAAACACUAUACAAGGUAUUUUCUCCCUCACUGCGCAUGCCUUCGUGGUGUAACUGGAAACUUGUUCGAACAUAUUCGGGAAUUUAGAAUUCAAUUCGAGGGCAUUGAGAAUUUCUUCAAUUUCCUGACAUUGAUUUCACCUAAUGAUUCAACAACUAUUUUAGACAUAAUCUUUUAGCUGUGCAAAGACAAAAGUGAAAUUGUAAAUCCUAAUACAUUUAAACUUUCUAAAGUUAAAAGAAAAAAAUUAUGUCUCCUUAGUUUUAUUGAAAGCACGAUUAAUUCUACAUAAGUCCUGGUAUAAUUUUAUGGCUUUUCUGUAGUAAUUGAAUUGAAUUCUGCAAAUAUUAAUACCUUCAUUAGGCAAUAAUUCUUUCUUAAAUACUGUGCAGUGCAAUCUGCUUCGUGUUUACUUACAAAUUAGAAAUAAAGUCAUGCCAUCUGUUUUUUAAAAUGAGAAAUUUAAAUAUUGAUUUAAUCUUAUUUUUCAAACACGAAGAAAUUUUAAUAUUAAUACGCAUAAUAAAUUUGCUUUCAUAACACAAGUGAUGUAACUUAUAUUACAUUCUGAUAUAUCAUUUGCUUAGCGAAUGACCUCAGAUUUAAAUGUUUAUUUUCCAAUUUGAAGCAUGCAGAAACAAAACACAAUUUGAGAAAAUAAGUGUUGGUAGCAUACCAAUUUUAUACCUUUUAUUCCAAUAUACCAUUCCGAAAGAUUUUGUAAAUUAUUUGUGAUUAAUUCUUUCAUUUUUGUCUGACCAGCAUGACUGCUUUUAUCCAAUCACCAAAUUUGAUGUCAGGUGGUAUAUUAUAAUAUUGUUUUAAAAUAUGAUGUUUUCUUAUUUUCUUUAUUAGCCCUAAUAUCGGAAUAAGAAAGUUUACGAAUAUAAAGAUAGUCAUAAGUAUUUAUGCAAAUCUAACUAAUAAAUGCUGUUUAAAUUCAGCCUUUUGUGAACAUAUCUACAGUACUCAGGAGCUUAAGACAUAAAGCAUUUCAAUACAUGUACUCCAAAGAAACAAAAUAGUAUUUCCCUGCCAUAGGAAAUUAGUGAGGAAAGAAAUUUUUUAAGAGACUAUUAAGGAUAUAUUGAUUUUUUUGCCAUAUGAUUUAAAUUUCAGUUUAUGAAAAUGCUGAGUUCUCAGUGUUCCACGUGGUUGACUUUACACCAUCACUGUAUAAGGUGACUCAAGAUAAACCGAAGACUUUAACCGGACAUGGAAGACUUCACUUACUUUGGGUUCGGUUUAUCUUGCUGAAUCCAGUAUUAUCCAACAUAUUAUUGCGUUUGUAUAUAAAUAAUUCUAUUCAAAUGGUUUUACACUGUACUAAAUUUUGAAUAAAAAUUUUGAAUAUAUACAUCACUUACAACUUCUUCUGAUUUUAGCUGGCUACUAAAGUACUAACUGAACGCAAAAUUGCUUGCUUACAAGCAGUUAACAACCUUUCCCUGUUCGGAUCCAUAACGGAUAGUAAUAAUUUACAAACUGAAUUUUAUAUUAGAAAUAUUUCCUAAGAAACAUUUAGAAGUAGAAAUAAUUUAAAGAUUUUAUUUAUACAUGGUUACUAAAUAUAAAUUUUUCAUGCAUUCAUUAGUAAUACUAUCUUUCGUUAGUAAAAGUAUUGGUGUGUAAUAUGAUAGCAAAAUUAUGCAAUUUAAUUAAUUUAAAGAAACUUUGUUAUUAAUUUCGAUGAGAAAAUAUACCAGCAGAUUUGAAUAGUAGAAUUUAUUGAUUAAUUUAUCUGAAGGUUUAAAUUAUGGCUAUAGUAUCUACGUUGCAGUAAAACAUAUUAAAUUACAAUAGUGAAAUUGUGACCUUUAAUCAAUAUAUGGUAAGCAAUUAGAGUCUUUGAUAGCUUCUCAUAUUUAAGCAACCUUUAUGUUUCUUCAUAUCUCACAAAGAAAUGAACAAAGUCAUUUGAAAAUUAGGAUCUAAAUUCAAGCUAGAUAUUCAAGAACAAUGAAAUGAGGAGAAGAAAUUAACCUUAAAGUAUGGUAGAACUAAACCUAAAUUGUAGAUUAGUUUAAAGGAAAACAGAAGAGGAUGUGACAAAAAUUCCAAGCAAUAUAUUUUAUGAAAUGCAUUUUUAUAUUCCUCACAUUAUACUAACUCCUUGGAGCAACAGAACCAAUGAGUUCUGCGUAAUUACUAAAAGUUUUACUUAAUGCCAACCUAAAGUUGAAUACUGCGUGAUUCUAAGCAUUAAAAAAUAGCUAUGUAGAACGUAACACUGUUACUCUAAAAAUUAUAAUCUUUGAUUGAGAGACUGGUAUAAAUCCUCCUUUAUUUGAAAUUUUAAAAAUAUUAAGAAAAGUGUACGUUUUUCUGCUGGUAGUACGAUAGAAUCUGAAAUCAAAGAGAGACCUGAUUGUUUGUUUCUUAAAGUAUGAUGAAUUUAAUAUUUGAAUCAAUACCUAAACGUUUGAACUUCUCCGGUUAGCAAAAAUCAAGUUGAUGUUCAUUCUUUGCUUUUAUAAUUUUUUUACUGGUAAUAAACGUAAACUAAUAGUUAUUUAUGCUAUUAUUAAUAAAAAAUUUAUCAAAUAGAA